AUGCGCCGGAGGCGAUUGUAACAAAUGGAGUGGCUGUGACAGUCUGCAGUGUAUCUGUUGCCGCUCUGACAUUGGGGCGGAUCGGAGCCAUUCCCUCUCUCACAGCGAGAAGUCCGUUUCGGUUUGACCGAUAAGAGGAUCUCACAAAUUUGGAUUUGCUGUGUUUUCUACAGUCCAUUCCCUUUAUUUUCUGUGGCUGCUGUGUUUGACUUUGGCUCACCCUGGCGCUUUUCCGUCUGGAUGGAGUUUACCUCUCGAAGCAGGAAGCAGAAUUUGCAGAUAAAAUUUCCGAAGAGCUGGAAUGUCUUCUUUCACAAACCAUUCACGAUCCAAAAAAAGUGCUGCUGUUUUCCACCACUGCCAAGUCGUUUACGUUACCUGAUUCAUCGGAUUGUGGAGAACUUUGACUCCCUGAGUAGCUUCUCUGUUGGAGAGGGAGAUGGGCGGAGACGGCUGUAUGCCUGACUGAAAUGAGGUUACAGCCUCUGGACGAGAAUGAGAGCCAUAUGAAAACGCAAUGGAAAAGCAAUGACGAGCUGACGGAGAAAUUUAGAUCUCUUCAUGAUGGGGCUUCAAGGUACCACAACCUUGCUCCUGGCAACAGCAAAUCCAGGAAUAAGCCUGACAAAGCCAAGUAUGCUCAUUGCCAAAACAGAGUGGAGAAAAGAAGAGAUGUCAGGUUCAAUUACAAAAGGGAUGGCAGAUACAGGAAACCCAACAGCAGUGGGAGUAAGGAAGGAAGAGAGCCAAGAAGAGGCAAGGAGGAGAAGGAUGAAACAUGUGGACAGGCUCUUGAAGAUGCCAGUGGAAAGAUGGCUGGCACAGAGGAAGGGCGGAAAUGCACGGUCUCAAACCUGCAGCAUGAAGGUGAAAACGAAACAGAUCCACCCACUGAAGACUUGUCAAUUGAUCCAAUAUUGAAUGAUAAUCUUGAUGAACCAGAAGGAAAGCAAGGUCCCAGUUCAAAUGCUGCGACAAAUCGCUCCUCUGAUGAGAAAAGAGCAGAGAAUGACAGACCAAGACUGGAGAAUGCUGAGGGUUUGUUGGAAGAUGCCAAGCCCUCAAUAAAAGAUUCUUAUAAACUUCAGACAUCAAUGCACACCGCAAAGACAUCAGAAGCCAUAGGUCCCAGCCCAAGCGCAGAGUUCAAUCUUAAAGACAACGCUGCGUUAAAUUGUGACCAGUCCCAGACAAGUAACACUGUGGAUGCUUGUUCCACGGAGAGCAGGCACAUCCUGAGGACGGGCAGCGCGCUGGGGAACGAGGAGAAGAGUAGCAACUUUGACAAUGUGAGUGGCUUUCUGGAGUCUGCUGAUUUUAAGGCAGAGGAAGAGGGUGUGGUCGGAGUGAAGGCUGAGGAUGUUGCGGAACAUUCUCAGAAUCCUAAUGAAGAUUUGCUCAAAGAGCUUUCAUCCUGCCUGGGGGAAAGCAGCAUCAGCAUUGAACAGCCUCAGUCUGACUAUUCCACUUACCUCUCAGGGGAACCACAGACAUAUGAUGUGGACUUUGGGCAUAUCAUUGAAAUCUAUGACUUCCCUCCACAUAUGAAGACUGAAGACAUUCAAGAGGCUUUUGGCUGCUUUCGUGAUAAAGGCUUCAGAAUAAAAUGGGUGGAUAGUUCACAUGCUUUGGGAAUAUUUUCAAGUCCAGAUUCAGCCUCCAAGGCCCUGUCCAUCAGCCAUGAGCAGUUCAAAACGCAGCCACUGUCUCAAGCAACAAAACAGUCAAAACUGAAGGUUUCCAGAUGUUCAGAAUUCCUGCAGCCAGUGAAAGAGAGGGCACAGGUCAACACUGCCAUCGCCAAGCGACUGGUCAGCAGGGCUCUCGGAUUCCAAACCACUGAACGCAGAGGGCAGCCGGAUCUCAAGCCCAAGAAACCGAAGGAAAAUAAAGUUCAGCCACACAAGACUGAAGAUGAUGCUGGAAACACACUGAAUGCUGGUGCUGAGCAAAUCUGAAGUGCCGAGGCCUGGACAAACUCUGGUGUGACGAAGAUUACACACAGUUGAUUCGCACUGAAGAACUGCUGUCCUUUUUGGAAAAAUAAACUGUGCACUUUGAAACUGGAUUAAAGUUACCUCUGGGCUGAGGAUGCUGUGG